GCAGGCGCACUCAGUUAAAUGGCGCUGCUCCAAAGAGCCACACCGAGCAGCUGAUUUUGAUAAGCGCUACUCGGCGAUUCCAGUGUCUUCUGUUUCCAGCUAGAGUCAGUGACUAUGCCCGCGUUCUCCCAUCGCCAGCUCUGUCAUAUCAUACUUUGUGAACGACGAACGCGGACUUUAGUGAGGACAGCGUGAUUCGGAACUGGCUCUCACUGUCCAUUCAGCAGACUGACUGACAACCAGGAUCUUCAGCCUCUUCAGCCUGAGCUCUUCAGAUCCAGACACAAUGACCAGCUCUCAAUGCACUCAGAGCCCAGACAGUGACCUGGCACCUCUGCAACAUUGCAAGCUCUGCCUUGGAGAGUUCCCCCUGGACAAAAUGGCCAUCAUCUCCCAGUGCCAGUGCAUCUUCUGCAGCCUGUGUCUAAAGCAGUACGUAGAGCUGCUGAUCAAAGAGGGUCUGGAAACAGGAAUCAGCUGUCCAGACUCUGCCUGCCCAAAACAGGGCCAGUUACAGGAGAGUGAGAUUGAGUCUAUGGUGGCAGAAGAUGUCAUGCAGAGGUACAAGAGGCUGCAGUUUGAGAGAGAGGUGUUGCUGGACCCAUGCCGGACCUGGUGCCCAUCAUCUUCAUGCCAGGCUGUGUGUCAGCUGAAGGAAGCAGAGGUGUCUGUGCCGCAGCUGGUACAGUGCCCUCUGUGCAGCCUGCGCUUCUGCUCAGCCUGCCGGGGAGACUGGCACACAGGACGGGCCUGCCGUGACAGUCUGCCCAUCAUCACCUUCUUACCUGGAGAGAACAGUUCUGUCUGUAAGAGUGAAGAGGACGAGCCUCCUAUAAAGCGUUGUCCAAAGUGUAAAGUGUACAUUGAGAGAGAUGAGGGCUGUGCCCAGAUGAUGUGUAAAAACUGUAAACAUGCCUUCUGCUGGUACUGCCUGGAGUCACUGGAUGAUGACUUUUUAUUGAUCCACUAUGACAAAGGACCAUGUCGGAAUAAACUGGGUCAUUCCAGAGCCUCUGUCAUUUGGCAUCGGACACAGAGGCUCAGCUCCAGGGAUCAGUAGCACAGAGGAAGACAGGACAAUUUUCACACAGAGGAUUUAGCCCUUUAAUCCUCCUCUCAUCGCCUAACCGUCUAAAAUAAGCAUUCCGGUGAGUGUGUGUGUGUGUGUGUGUGUAUGUACGUGCAUACGUGCAUGCAGGCGUGUGUGUGCUGGUUUCUCCUGCAGGGCUGUUUGUAAAUAGUAAGCUUUUACUAGUAUAUGGUCUGUACUGCGAAAGUGUGCUGUAAAAAUAACACUGUCAGGCUGACCUAUAGACUGAACCUCAUACUAUUCAGUUCAACUUAUACAUUUUAAUUAUAUCAGAUUCAUUACAUUUGAUCCAGUCCUGCUUUUGCACAUGUUGAGAGUCAAACCCAAAAUUAGUGACACACCUUAUGAACUAACUGCCAAGACAAAUCAAGCCAGAGGUUGGAGUGAAGCGAAGGAGUGUGUGAUUAUCUCUGAUUAUCAAGCAUUUACUGCCCCCUUGUGGUGCUUGAUGUUCUGGUACAUCAGUUAAAUUGGGUGCUUCUUAUGUCCUAAAUUGUGCAUUUGCAUUUCCUUUCCUUGCAUCCUUUCCCUUGUGUCUUAACUCCUUACUUUGAAGACACAGGGAAGAGAUGCCAGGAUGAGAUGAAUCAGUGGCCAACGUGAUGGCAAAACAGUCAUCACUUGUCAUGGGCUUGAAGAAUCUGCUAAUAUUAAUAAACGUUUAUACCCUGUUAUCAACUGACUUUUCACAUGAGCACGAAAACAAUCCGCAUGAAUAAUGUAAUUAACUCUCAUCAUCCUUUCACAGUAUGUGCUGUGAUUAAGAAGACCUUUGUGUGGUUGAGUUCUUGUUCCUGUGUUAGUUCAGUUGUGGAUAAACGCAAGCGUUACUAUUUCAGUGAAUCUGAACACAGUGUGUGACUUUUUUUUCUGCCAUCACAGUUCUGUCAUUAGUGCAAGGUCAUCUGUAAAGCUGCUUUGUGACAGCACCCAUUUGUAAAAGCACAAUAAAAAUAAAUGUUGAAUUGAAUUGAUUAGAAUUUAAUUGAAUUAACUCACUUGUUCUCAUGACCUAUUCAGUUUUUAUUAAAAGGGGAUGUCACCGGUGGUGCUCCAUACUUGCUGCUCUUUACACUGUAGGAACAUUUUAUAAUGGUGUAACCAAUAGAAAUGGAAACAUUUUAUUACAUUAACAUACAUCAAAU